AUGGACAAAUUUACGACGGAACCUUCAUCGAAUCUUUGCUAUGCACAGGAGAUCCUGGCCGAGUAUCGAUUCGGUGGGUACCAUCCAGUCUCUUUGGGCGACACCUUUGCCGACGGCCGCUACGAGGUCGUGCACAAGCUAGGCUGGGGUGGCUUCUCAACUGUCUGGCUUGCGAGGAAUACGCGGGAUGAAAAGUGGGUGGCUUUGAAAAUCUGCAAGGCUGAGACUGAUUCACUUGGCGAAAUCUCAACACUUCGAACGCUGCAGGGGAGCCCUGCAUCAGGUUUCGUAGCCAAGCUGUACGAAAGCUUCGUCCACGACGGCCCUAAUGGCUCUCAUCUAUGUAUUGUGACCGAAUUUCUCGGCCCAUCUUUGAAACACAUUCUAGCCGACUAUGACCGUGGUGGAGAUCGACUCGCCCCAGAAGAUACACUCCGGCUGAGCAGGCAGCUAUUACAAGCAACAGCGGCUGUUCACGAGGCUGGAGUCUCUCACGGAGAUGUCAACGGAGGCAACAUUGUCUUUACAGCCUCGCGCCUAGCAUCCUUGUCCAAGGAGGAAAUCUUUGAAAUCGUCGGCGAGCCGGAAACAGCACAACUUCUACGCAAAGAUGGAUCGGCUCUGGGUCGGAGGCUUCCAGAACAAUUAGUGGGCAGGAUGAAAUGGACGGCCUGGAUUGACGAAAGUGAAGAGAACAUUCGCCUGAUUGACUGGGGCGAGUCUUUUGCUUUCGAUUCGCCCCCCAGACGGCUGGCUCAGCCGGCCGACUGGCGCGUGCCCGAGACCAUUUUCACUAGCCAGAUCGACUACCGAGUCGACCUCUGGCGAGCGGGAAUCGUUAUCUAUUGUAUGAUUUCUGCCCAUAAUCCCUUUCAUUGGUGGGGUCACAUUGAAGCCCUCGCUUGCGAGAUCAUUGGAUUCAGUGGAGGAGAGGUGCCCUCGGAGUGGCGAGAGAGAUGGCAACAGAUGCAAGCGGACGCGACCAGUACAAUUGAUUUCACGACUCCUAGGCCAAGUCUCUUGGACCGGUACACGGCCGUGGCGCCCGGGCCGGAGCUGGCGCCGCUGGUACCCAUCAUGCAAGCACUGAUCAAGCUUCGCCCGACGGACAGAAUCUCGGCGCGGGAGGCAUUGGCGCUCUUCCCCCCCGAAGGCCCCGAAGCGCCGUAA